AUGGCUUCGUAUGAUGUUCCAAACGACAUCGUAGAGAAUAUUCUGUUAAGAUUAACGGCUAAGCAUCUUCGUGGACUCAAAGCAGUUUGCAAAUCAUGGAAUACUAUGAUCUCCGAUCCUGUAUUCAUCCAAACACAUCUCCACCGAUCCAAGUAUUCGCACCUUUUCCAAUCUAAGUUGUCGUUGAAUUAUUACGGCGAAGGCGCGUGUUCGUCUUCGUCGUCGGCUCGAUCGAGAGAUAAGUACCGUUUGUUUGAAUUGCAAGGCGAAAAAAAAUUCCUAAUCGUAGAAGAAUUAGUAAGCCCCUACUCCGGCUGGAAGGCGGUUUUGUGCUCUUGCAACGGUGUAUUGCUUCUAACCGACUCUUUGUCGAGACUAUAUGUGUUGUGGAAUCCAUCUAUUCGAGCGGAGACGGAGAUUUGGUUCCCGUAUGAUUUUUACGACCGUCACAUGAGUUACGGGCUUUGUCACGACCCGACUUUCGACGAUUUUAAGGUUGUUUUUAUUUGUCUGGACUACUAUGCUGUUUUCUCUUGCAAGAACAAUUCAUGGUCGAUGAAGAACCGGUUCUCCUAUACGGGGCGGGUAAAAAAUUAUUCGAGGGGAAUCUUUGUUGACGGGGCGAUCUAUUGGGUUUGGAGGCGCGAGACUAGGGUUGAAGAAAUAGUAUAUUUUGAUCCGAGCGAUGACAAGUUGAGGGUUUUGGAGAGGCCGAAAUAUGUUGAGGAGAGAGGCAAGCCGAUUUACUUGGCGGAUUUGGGAGGGAGAUUGUGCGUGUAUUGCAACGGGAGGGAUAAGUCGGUUGUUCGAAUUUGGACAAAGGAGUUAAAGGGUUCAGACGGUGGUUCUUGGAAAGAGGUGAUGACCGUUGAAAAUGUGCGCGCGCCCGUUCGUUGGUUAAGGCCGUUGUGCUUCUUGGGGGACAAGAUUGUAAUUCGGUUGAAUGUUUUGAAAAUAGUGGUGUAUUGCCCUCGUGAGAAGACGUUUGAAGAAGUUGGAGUCGAAGGCUUUCGGUUAUCGUCUUUUGAAUUGGUUCCGUAUAUGGAUAGUUUGCUCUUCCCUACUCGAACAAACAAGCAAACGAGGAAGCGGAAGUAUAUAGAAUCUACUUAA